CUCCUUCCGUGACGUAGAGGAAAGGCGAGUUGUGAUUGGCCGAACGUAAGACCCCACCCCGCGCGGACAUUUGAAAACGGCUUUGUGAGGAAGAGGGUUUCCGACGAAGAAAAAAAGACAUACAGCGUUGUUAAGCGUCCACGGUCUGUCCUCAAAGACAAUGGCUCCCAGGAAAAGGACGACCAAGCAACGGAAAAACAACCCCAAAACGGCCAAACUUGAGGCCUUUCUGGAAGAUUUCGACAGCGAAGUGAAGACCAGAGUUGGACAAAUGAAGGAGAAGAUCAACCAGCUGCUGAAAGAUGUCGACAACAGCUACAACAUGGCGCUAAUUAAGCUCCCCAAGGCUGUCAGACAAAUGCCCUGGUUGGACCAUUUCAUGUCUGAGAAACCAAAGUCCCCAGUAGUAGAUGAUAUAACGAGAGAAGAGGAAGCUGCUAUUGUUGACAGCGUUGUGGCCGAGGAUCAUGCAGUCCUUCUGAAAUCCGUCAAGAAAAUGUCAAAGAAAAAAGCAGUUGCUAAAUCCAGCUCGGGGGAUGAAAACACCCCAAGCACAACACGCAAGGGGAGAGCAACGAGGAAACCUCCAACAACGUCAAAAAGAGCCAAGGCGCUGACUAUGGGGACGCAGAACAACACCGUCAGACGAUCGAGCAGGAAGGCGUUGGUCACUCCAGCCAGGAGUAUAAUGGACUCCUCUUUGAUGAUCGGCCCCACGCCGCUCAUUACCCCGCGCUUCGACUCAAGGCUCCCUAAGACCCCCGCGGUGAGGAUCCCCCGCCACAAAGAGAGGGUCUACAGCAUUUCGGUCAACGGCUCACCGAUCGCAGCAGGAAAUGAGGACAUCGUCAUCAACGUCCCCGUCGGCAACGGAGAGAGCGUUCAGCUGCUGGCCAGUCAGAUGGACUCUGUGGACCUGUCCAUGCUGGACGAGACCGCUCUGAGGAGCAUUCGGCUGCUGCAGCAUCGCCUCACAACCCUGUGUGGAACGGCACAGUGACCCCAGAGUGUCUUCUGUAGACUUGUACAUUACUUUAAAAAAAACAAAAAAACUUCAGUCCUCUGUGGUAUCGUAUGCUGUUUUUUGUUUAUAAGUGAGAAACUUGGAUUCACAUGUUAUCUUACCUUUUUAUAUGAAUAUACUGUUGUAAGAUGGUCUAGUUAACAACCUUGUUUACCCAACCUUUCAUUUUUAGUUGUGUAUGACUUAUUUUGUAGUAUUGAGGGUAUUCUGUCAGUGUGUUUUUAGUGCUUUUUCUUUUAUUCCUAUAUGGAUGCCUUGUAAGACUGUCAACUCUGCAAUAUGAUUUACUGCUCAUUCUCUGAUUUGUAAGUACAUUGUAAUCUUACAUUUUUGUUUGUGUGAGUCAGUUGUUAUUGUUGAAUACACAAUCCUCCAUGUACAUAGAUCACCUUUUGUCUGCAAAACCGAUAAAGGCUGUGUGGUGGUGCUCGAUCACAAAUGCAUCCACCCAAUGAUUUAAUUCAAUUUUUUUUAGAACCGGUUUCGUAAACAUUUGUACCAACUUGUUUCCACCGAGGUGUAGCUUUGCGCGGGGACCACUAGGUGGCAGCAUGUGUCCAUAGAAGUUCUUUCAGUCUCUGGCACGUUCAGGCUUGUGUGCAAAAUUUCAACUUCAAUAUUUCAUUCAUCCACGCGUUUUAUCUAGUUUUACGUGAAACAACAUGAUUGUAUAUCUCUGGAAAAAAACAAACAAUAAAACGAUGGCGUGCUGCA